AUGGCGUUCAAAACUGCCAUCUUGGUUUUCGGAUUAGGGGCAGUACCAUGUGCUUUGGCGCAGAAUCCUUUUCCUAUAACCGGUGUUCCUGUUAGCAAGGGGACGAAUGGUGUUCCACUAAGACGUAAUAUCAAUGAUUUAUAUACCGCUGGCGGUGCUCAAUGGGAUCUCUAUAUCCGAGCGCUGUCAUCAAUGCAGCAGGUCAACUACGCAGAACCUCUUUCUUACUUCCAAAUUGCAGGUAUUCAUGGACGUCCGUUCAUUGAGUGGAAUAAUGCUGGCCCGCCAAGUUUUAAUGGCUGGGGAGGGUAUUGUCCUCAUGGUGAAGAACUCUUUUUGUCUUGGCACAGGCCAUACGUACUACUCUUCGAGCAACUGCUUGUAACCCAUGCCAAACAAAUUGCAGCAACAUACCCUCAGCAACACCGCCAGCAAUAUAUGCAGGCCGCAGAACAACUGAGGGCCCCUUUCUGGGACUGGGCCGCUAACACUGCCGUUCCUUCGGCCACAGUCCCCACGACUUUGCAGGUAAAUUUUCCAAAUGGGCAGAAUCUGCAGAAGCGUGCAAUUAGCAAUCCGCUGUAUACAUACAAAAUACCUCAAGAGGUUCUAAACGGCCAAUACGGUCCUUUCGAUCCAGCGGGCAGGACGCAGGUCCUUCGAUGCCCAAGUCCGCAAAGUUAUCCAGGAACAGCCAACAGCGCGCUGGCCGGCAGACCAUACAAACAAUGGGUGUAUGACACAUUUACUCGUGCACAAAACUUCUCCAACUUUGCGUUGACGGGUAGCCUUUCCGUCAGUCUGGAGCUUAUCCAUAACACCAUCCAUAUGGACUCAACCUGCAACCAACAAUUUAGCAAUCCGGAACUCUCGGGUUUUGAUCCUUUGUUCAUGCUACACCAUAGCAACAUAGAUAGGCUAUGGGCGUACUGGCAGGCCAUCAAGCCAGAUCAGGACAUCUUUCACGAUUCCUACUCAGGGCAGUCACGGUUUGCCUCUGCACCAGGCACAACCAUCACAUCAAAAUCUCCAUUGCAGCCGUUUGUUGGAGCUAACAACGGGGUCCAUACCACCGAGUCCGUGCGGUCUAUCAGGAACUUUGGGUAUUCAUACUUAGGCUUAGAGUACUGGAGGAAAAGUCCAACCCAGAUGCAGCAAGAUGCUACACGACUCAUCAAUCAGCUGUAUUCAUCGGGUUCCACCAAACCAAAACGGGCUGCAGCCCGCGCGGAAACAGGACAGGUCAAGAGAUUCUUUGCCCGUGUUAGCUUAGACAGGAGUGAUGUAGAAAGACCCUGUGACAUAGCAGUCUUUCUCAACGGCACGUGGGCUGGCGGAUUCUCGCUCAUGGCUCUACCAGCAUCUGGUAGGAUCAGCGCAGGUCUCUCGCUUGAUACUGUGGUCCAUGGACGGAACGGAUUUUCAGCAAUGGCCCUAGACUCGGCGAUGAGCACGAUGAGUCAGUCGAUUGAAGUAAAAGUUAUGCAGCGGGGAGGCAAAUUUGUUUCCAACGUGCGAGGUUUAAAGGUGGUAUUAGAGAAUGUGAUAGUCACACCACCGGCAACAGACGACCAAUUCCCAACGUACUCAGAUUCUACACUGCGGACGUUGGAUAUGAGUGGUAAGAGUCGGAGAGGGCAUAUUUAG